CAGUAUGACAUGCAGAUGAGUGCCGUCGAUCUUGGAAUCACCGCACACUUCACUCAUUUGGGCAGUCACGGGCCAAAACCAGAGUGUGGAGCCACAGUGUGGCGGUGGAGGCAGCAGCAAUGGGAGGCCAUACAGCACCCUAUGACAAAAUGGAACCCACCAGCAGUGUGAGGAGACCUGAAAGUGGCACAUGGCAGAGUGUGGCGAUGGAGACAGCAGCAAUGGGAGGCCGUACAGGGACCCAUGACACACUCUGGACCUGGCAGCAGCAUGAGGAGUCGGUACGGGGGCCCAUGGCAGAUUACGGGCCUGGCAGCAGCAUGAGGAGGCGGUACAGGGGCCAGAGGCCUAUGUUAAAAAGUCCCCCCAGCAGCAGUGUGGGGAGACGACUAUCAAGAGUCCAAUGGCAGAGUGGCGGAGCAGAAGCAGCUUCAAUUGAAGAAGAAGAG